GUAGAGGCGGCAAAAGAUGGUGCAGCAGCGGGGAGCUGACGGCCGAGGGGGCAGGGCGGUGGGGGGUGCGGCGGAGGUAGGGCAGCCGGCGUUGAGUGACGAUUGACUUUUAGCUCGGGACGCGGAGCGCUUCGCCGUACGAUGGGCGCCAGGUCGGAGCAGCUGCUGAUCGUCGUGUCCGUCCUGGAAGGACGCUAUUUUCCAAAACGUUAUCGACACAAAAUAGUCGUAGAAGCCCGAUUUGAUGGAGAGUUGCUUGCCACGGAUCCAGUUGACCAUAAAAGUCAGCCUGACUUUGUAACAGAGCUUGCAUGGGAACUAGACAGAAGAUCAUUAUAUCAGCACAGGUUGCAGCGGACGCCAAUCAAGUUGUAUUGUUAUGCAAUUGAUUCUCUGACAUCAGCAAAGGAAUCUGUAGGCUACAUAAUUUUGGAUCUGAGGUCUGUUCAAGAGGGUAAGCAGGCAGUUAAAUGGUAUCCCUUGCUUAGUAGCAAGUACACAAAAAGUAAACCCGAGAUCAAGAUUGGCAUUGUAUUGGAGACUGAUACUAAGCCACAAGUGGAAGCUUUUAAAGCCAGAGAGGCACCACCAAGGGAGGGAAGAGUGAUUGAAACGUUGCCACCUUCCUUGCUGGAUGUAAACCCCAAAUCUCUAACAGCAAUUCUGAAUGAAGAAGAAAGCUAUUAUCAGAUUGGUCCGGCAGACUACUGCACUGAUUUCUUUGUGCUUUCUGUGACCAUUGCAUUUGCAACUCAACUAGAACAGUUAAUUCCAAGCACAAUUAAGCUGCCAGAUGAGAGACCUGAAUUUUUCUUUUACUAUACUUUGCUGGGAAAUGAUGUCACCAAUGAUCCUUUCACUGAUCUGAUAAACCCAAAUUUUGCACCUGAACGAGCUUCAGUGAAGAUUCGUAGUCGAAGAGAAAUUCUACGUUUAUUCUUAGCUGCUCAACCAAGCCUGCAGAUACAUUUGUGCUGUGGUGAUAGGUCACUGGGCAGUACGGAGGUGUCAUUAGGAGGAUUAUUAAAAGAAGACCAUGAAAUAGAUAAGCAUCCUGCUGCAGUUGAAGGAGCAUUUACUCUGGUGCCACCUGAGAGAACAAAACAGAAAUUGCCUCCUCUGCCACUUGAGUUAUCUCCAACAGUGGGAGUGUCAGUUGCACUUAGAAAGGAAGGGAUAAUUUCUCAGCCAUCUAGUCCAGUUAAAGUGGAACCUGAACCCACGUCUCCAGUUAUGCAGAGAAUUGUAUCUCCUCAAACUGCUAAGACUUCCAUUCCCGAGCAAUACAAGUCUUCCUUUGCUGAGCAAGCAACAAAGAGAGUGGAAGCCGGCAGCAUGACUCCUGAGCGCAGUGACUCCCCUCCCAGCAGAGAUCAGGCAACAGAAAAUGAGGUGAAUAGUCUGCAAGAAGAAGAGAACCAAAGGACACAGAAUGUAAAGCAACUAAUGGAACAGAAUACUGGUUCAGCAUUUAAUUCCAAACCAAAGUCACCUCGAGCUGCUAAACCUUCCCAAGGUCCUGCAUUGGAUUCACAAUUUGAUCACGCUCCUGUUUCAAAUGAAUCUGAUUCUACGUCAGCACCAAAGAUCUCCAUUCCAGCAUCAGCACAUCACUUCUGCUUUGCUCUGGAUAUAAGAAGUAUUGCACGAUUGGAUGUCAAUUUUGCCAUUAACUGUAUAGUAAGAUACACCUACCCAUUUUUUGGUACUGCGGCUCCAAUCAUCACAAAUCCUCCAGUUGAAGUAAAGAAAAAUAUGGAAGUGAUCUUUCCUCAGUCAUUUUGUGCAUUUGACUUUGCAGUAUUACCUCAUCAACUGCAAGAUACAUUUUUCAGGUUGCCCUUGUUAAUUGAAGUAUGGCACAAGGAUAAAAUGACUAAAGAUCUGCUGUUGGGUGUGGCAAGACUGAAGCUGUCAAAUGUUCUAACAGCAGAUAAAACCCGCUUCUUGGGUCCAUCAGGUGAUCAGUGCUGGCGCCAAACCUAUAGUGAAAGGAUUCCAGUUAUAUCAGCACAAGGGCCAAGUAACCAAAUUGCUGAACUUUAUUACUCUAUGACUUUGGAGGAUUAUGGUUUUGUGAAAACUCAGCAUGUCACUAUAAGUGAUUCUUCUCAGAGCACUAAUAUUGGACCACAGCAACCAAGUGAUCUUCCAGCUAAGCCAGUACAGCCUUCAGAACCAGUCCUUCAUCCUGAACCACGAGAUUCAAUGGAAUAUAAGGCUGCCUUGGAGUUGGAAAUGUGGAAAGAGCUGCAAGAAAAUUUGUUUGAGAACCAGUUGAAACAAAAAGAGCUAGCACAUAUGCAGGCCCUUGCUGAGGAAUGGAAGAAGCGAGACAGAGAAAGGGAAGCUCUUGUGAAGAAAAAGGUGAUUGAAUAUGCUGCGCUUGAGGAACAGCUACAAAAAACAUUAGCUGAUUUGGAGAAAAGAGAACGCCACCUUGCCAAUGGUGAAAUGGAGCUUCACAGACUGCGAAAAGAAUUACAAGAUGAUCAUGAUCGGAACUUAAGAGAAAUGCAGGACAACACACGGCGCUCCAUUGCAGAUGCUGCCCAUCAGGUGGAAUUGGAAAGGUCAAAGUUGAAUCAGUUGCAGGAUGAUAAGUUGCAUUUACAGCAGCAGCUCCACGAAGCAGAACAGAAGUAUAAAUUGCUUGAGAAGGAGUUCCAUCAGUACAAGGAACAGCAGAGCAGCAAGCCUGAAAUUCGACUUCAAUCAGAGAUCAAUCUAUUAACUCUAGAAAAGGUGGAACUUGAAAGGAAAUUGGAGUCGGCCACAAAAUCCAAACUGCAUUAUAAACAACAGUGGGGGCGAGCCUUGAAAGAAUUGGCACGCUUGAAACAGCGCGAGCAAGAAAAUGCCAUGGCAAGACUCAAAAAGCAACAACAAGAACUGGAACAUAUGAGGUUACGAUAUCUUGCAGCAGAGGAAAAAGAAGUGGUUAAAACAGACCGACAAGAAUUGGAGGAAAUUAAGAAUGAAUUGAACAGGUUAAAACUGCAAGAAGAUAAAAAACAAGCCUCUGUGCAGCGACCUCCUACUGGUGGGGAAGAGGCUGGAGAUCAUGUUCAACAUCCAGAUGAAGCCUUGGACAAUUAUCUCACACGGCUCAUAGAAGAGAGAGACACUUUGCUAAGGACAGGAGUAUAUACGCACGAGGACCGGAUUAUCCGUGAACUUGAUAGACAAAUACGUGAAACUAUGGUGAGGCGGGGUGGUCACACUUGAGGAUAGUAGUGUUUCAUUGUAAUCUUUGGACAGAGCACUCACAUUAUCCCUAUUGACACUGAUGCUGUUAGCUAAUUGUUUACCUUCAGUAUAAAAUCAGCAUGUAUUAUGAAGACUCAAAUUAAUCUUCUGAUAUCAUUUUGGUUUAUUUUUUGACUCUUAUGAAACUUUGUUUUAGAAAGCAUCUUUUUACACUGAACUAGAAAGUGUUUUAUAUGUACAGUGAUUUUCUACAGAAGUGUUUUUAAUCAAUCUGUAAAUAACUAUAUUUUGGAGAGCAAACUUUAUUCGAUUCCUUUACAAAGUAAUAAAUUUUAAGUAUUUUUCUGUAAAUGUAAAUGGAUCUCUAGGCUGAUAAGCCAAAUAAAUACAAAACAAACCCGUCGGUAAGAACAGUGUUCACAUUUAAGACAGUGUUUGAUCCAGAGAAAAGCAUUUAUUUUUGGAGCAGAACAGGGAAGUAUGGUGAUCACUUUCACAGAAGGUUUGUUCCAGGUAAAAAGCAAUAAAUCCAUAAGUAAUAAUUCAGACAUACUUUUGCAACAUUACAGAUAUUUUAAUUCUGCCUUUCACAGAACAAGAUGGAUUAGCUUCAAUUGUUAUAUUUUAUGAAGGUAACUCCACUUGGAACACAAGAUGCCUUGUUGACUAUAGUUAACUGUCCUUAAUCACGUGUUGUUUAUCUACCAUCUUUUACCCUGGAAUACGUUGAAAUGUGACUCCUUUAACACACCAUUAUGAUUUGAUUUACUAUAGUGAUGCAUUAAGGAAAAGUCUUGAUAAUUUAAAUUACUUAUUUGUGAAAAUAUUUCAAAGGUUGUUAAACAAACUAGAAAAUAGCACACUCAUUCUCAAAGCCUAAAAUAAAUCAGUAUUGGUACUUAUCAUUAUAGAUUUUACCAGGACCCACUCAAACACAAGUGUUAAAACAUUUAAUUAUGAUAGUUUGGUUUAUUGAGUUUAUUUUCUGUUAUAAUUAUCAAAUGAUAAUUUGUUCUCAAUAUACAAUAACCUUGACGCCUGGCUGCAAGUUGGGGAUGGAGUAAUGAAGUGGGAGUAGUUAAUAAGCCCAAGUAAUAUCAGCUUGCCUAAUCCUUAGAAAUGGUAUUCUGGUUUAGAUUUUAUGUGGCAAAGAAUGGGAGAUACUACUGAAAUCAUAUCCUAAUUUUAUAACAAUACGAGGAGUUAUCUGACAUCUGAAUAUCAGGGAAUUGUAUACAGCAAUUGAAAUUUCUCUCAGGACCAUUUCCUUUCCUUCUAGCAAAAGUGCACACAUUUUAUUAAAUUGUGACUAACAUUACCAGCAAUAAACAUUGAGACUAUGCAGUAAAAUCAGGAUAUAUCAUGGUACUGUGAAGAACAAAACCUGCUGUUUAAAUCUCAAUUUACGAUGCUUUUGAAGCUCCGUUAUCAAGCAGCAGAGGGAGCUGCACCUUCAAAAUAAUCCUUGUCUUUGAGUAUGGUGCAUGUGAAAUUCUACACCUUAAUCCUGGUUUUGUUUGCCCUUUCCGUGGAAGUUGAUACUGUUGAAUAUAAAUGUGAACAGACUUAAAAUUUGCUAACUUUCAAUGUGAUACUUUGUGCUUUAAUUGUGUUGAAGUUUGCUUUUGUUUUAUAAAUGUGGUCGGUUUCAAUAAAUUAAUUUGUUGCAAGAUA